UGAGACUAAAAAGAGAAGGUUCCCAGAUUCUGACCUGAAAGUUCUUGGUAAUUUCCCAAAACAAAAGCAUACCAAGGCGUAAAUUUUCCUUUUAAUUUUCCCGCUUUCUUGUUUGUCUUUAAUCUUUUCAUCCUUUAAUUGGAUUCCCUAUUGAGCCCUAAAAACCCCUUUUUAAUUUUUCAAUUUCUAGUGUGUUUUUGUGAAGAUCAAUAAGAAUUAGAUCAGAUCAGAUCUGAACGAGGGUUCGUGUUUUUGAACCGAGAAAAUGCAAAAAAAGUUCAUGGAGAAAAGGGGAUUAGAUCCUAGUAGUAGCGAAGAGGGUCAACCCGAUAAGAAGAGACCAGCUCUCGCUAGUGUUAUUGUUGAAGCUUUAAAGGUCGAUAGUUUGCAGAAACUUUGUUCAUCAUUGGAGCCGAUUCUUCGAAGAGUUGUUAGUGAAGAAGUUGAGCGUGCCUUGGCAAAGUUGGGCCCAUCAAAACUUAAUGGAAGGGUUUCACCAAAGAGAAUAGAAGGUCCCGAUGGAAGAGACUUGCAACUACAAUUUAGGUCCAAACUAUCCCUCCCUCUUUUCACUGGUGGAAAAGUAGAAGGGGAAAGAGGUGCUGCAAUCCAUGUAGUCUUGAUUGAUGCCAACACAGGUCAUUUGGUGACAUCGGGUCCCGAAUCAUCAGUCAAACUAGAUGUGGUGGUGCUUGAAGGUGAUUUCAACAAUGAAGAUGAAGAAGGAUGGAGUCAAGAAGAAUUUGAAACUCAUAUGGUAAAAGAAAGAGAAGGAAAACGACCACUUUUAUCUGGAGAAUUACAAGUGGUGUUGAAAGAAGGUGUGGGGACAUUAGGCGAAUUGAGUUUUACAGACAAUUCUAGUUGGAUAAGGAGUAGAAAGUUUAGACUUGGGCUUAAAGUUUCCUCAGGAUAUAGUGAGGGGAUUCGUGUUCGUGAGGCAAAAACAGAUGCCUUCACUGUUAAAGACCAUCGAGGAGAAUUGUACAAGAAGCAUUAUCCACCUGCCCUAAAUGAUGAGGUUUGGAGAUUGGAAAAGAUUGGUAAAGAUGGAUCAUUUCACAAGAAGCUUAAUAAAGCAGGAAUAUUUAGUGUAGAAGAUUUUCUUCGCCUUGUAGUGAGAGAUCCAAAGAAGCUAAGAAAUGUUCUUGGGAGUGGCAUGUCGAAUAAAAUGUGGGAUGUUCUUGUGGAGCAUGCAAAGACUUGUAUUUUGAGUCACAAACUGUAUGUUUAUUAUUCAGAUGAUGUGAGAAAUGUUGGUGUUGUUUUCAACCAUAUCUAUGAAUUAAGUGGCUUAGUUGCUGCUGGACAUUACUAUGCAACAGAUGCCCUUUCCGAUGAUCAAAAGGUGUUUGUAGAUACAUUGAUGAAGAAGGCAUAUGAUAACUGGAUGCAUGUGGUGGAAUAUGAUGGAAAAUCAUUUUUAGGGGCUCAUCAGGAAAAAACAGCAGCUCCACAAAUCGAUAUGGGAAUCGGUCAACAAAGCUAUUCAAACUCGUUUGACCAUCAACAACUCACUCUACCCCCUCCAGCCCCUCAACAACAACAACAACAACCUGCUCUCAAUCCAGGCGUCACCACUGGAGGUUAUGAUGGUACUACUUCACACAACAUGAAUCUCAAUGCACCUACUCAAUUCGAUUCCUCCUCAUUCACUUUGAUCAACAGCUCUCAACACCCUCCCAGGAAUGAUAACAACAUCCUGGCCCUUGGAUUAACACAACCAUCCACCCCUGGAUUCCUUUCGGGACCCACUAACACAUUGAAUUUGAGUUCUUCAUUUAGAGGAUUAGAUGACUACUUUCCUGAAGAAGAAAUCCGCAUGAGAAGUCACGAAAUGCUUGAAAACGAAGAUAUGCAGCAUCUGCUUCGGUUGUUCAACAUGGGUAGUGGUCAAACCCCUGGUGGCCAUGGUCAAACCUCCGGUGGUAGCCAUGUUAAUGAAAGCUAUUAUCCAUAUUCAUCGGGUUAUGUGCCUAAUACACCUUCAAAUUUUGGGUAUGGAUUUGAUGUGGAUAAAACACGUACUUCUGGGAAAGCAGUGGUGGGGUGGCUUAAACUUAAGGCUGCUUUGAGAUGGGGAAUCUUUAUAAGGAAACAGGCGGCUGAAAGAAGGGCACAAAUAGUUGAAUUGGAAGACCCGUAAUUGGGAUUUCCUUUUUGUUUAAGGUAACCCACCCCCACUUUGUUUUUGCUUAAAUAUCAAAGAUUCAAGUGGUAUCAGGUUUAUAGAGCAAAAACUAUACACAACUUUGACCUCACAAGUGUUGCAAGCUUUUCACUUGUUUUUGACAUGAUUGAAGGCAACAACAAUCAAGAAAUCUUCAACUUGGACUUUAGGAAUAUGAUGUUUGUUGUAUUAUUAUAUAAUCACAGGGUAGGUUUUGUUAGUGAUUCUUGUCAACCGUUGGAUUGAUUUGGCAAAGAUCAUGAUGGAAGGUGGGGAUUGUGCUUGAGAUGACUUUUGGAAGCUCAGAAAAGCUGAGCUUUUGGAAUGGAAGAAAGGGUGUAAUUUCAGUUAUACAGUGAUUUGUUUGAUGUUUUUUUUUUAAUUGUGUUGUGUUGUGUUGUUAAAAUGUGACAUAACAACUUUCUGGUGUAUGCUAUGAUACAAUUUUUAAUAAUAGUGACAACCUUUGUUCCUCUUUCUGCA